AUGGGUGGGAUGGGUGGGAUGCUGGGGGCAGCAGCUUGCAGCUUGCAGCGUGAUCCCGAUGAGGCGCUGAACGCCGCGAAGGAGCCGCCGGAAGAGCCGAAGGAGCCGGAGGCGGAGGGCGCGGCCCAGGGCGGCACCCGCGGCCAUGGCGCCUUCGGCGCCUUCGGGCAAGGGCCCCGUCUACCCAACCUGAACCUCACCGAGAAGGCCGAGGCUGUGAAUCUGCACGUUGCGGCGCCCCAGGCGAAUGGGAGCAGGCGUACAACGCUGCAGGAGCGUGGUCGACCAACGCCUUUGGUGGUAGAGGACCUUCUGGAGCAGGCUCGACCUGCACCUUUGGUGGUGCACGAGGACGUUCGGGAGAUAGAGCCCGGUCCGAUGGCGCCGAAGGCCGGCUCGAGCGACGAUCUGAUGUUGGCGCUGAGGGCGCCCGCGGCGCCCGACAAGCGACGGAACUCCGUCCCCUUGGCCCCGGACUUUGGGAAGAUCGUGAAGAAGAUGCCCCCCCUGGUCCAAAACCACCGUCACUGGAGGAAGCGAGUGACGCACUCCCAGACGCCCGACUGGUCCAAGUGCCUCAACUUCGAGUUUGAGUACCGGUACGGCCCAGGAGACCUCGUCCGCUUCAACGACACAGCCCUCUCCACAGCCUCAGCGUCCGGCGGCGCAGCGGUGGGGCAAAUCCAAAGCUGCGAGAAGACGCGUUGCAGGGUCUCUCGGCUGCGCUUCGCCGGGCCCGGCGGGUCGGAUCAGGUUCCAGUGCCGGAGGUGCAGAACACCCUGCUGGUCGCGGCCCAGCUCAGCGAGCAGGAUUAUCAGAACCUCUCCCUUUACGACAGCUUCGCUGUGCAGGAGAAGGUUCUGUACCGCACGGGCGACCGAGAAUGGCACCUGGGGAAGGUCUCGCAGCGAGACGGCGAUACUUACAUGCUGCUCCCGAAAAGGCGCCGAGGGCAGCUCCUCCGCUCUCUCGCCGACUGGAAUUCGUCUGAAAGCGUAGCAUCCAGGAUGGUUUAUGACCUGCGGCUUCUUCAGAUGUACCACAUGGGGGAUCCUGUGAUAGCCUUCAGCAGCGAGAGGGGCUCCUGGAAGCCUGGUCGCGUCGUGGGGGAAGUGUCCGACGCAGAGCACGUGAACUGCCCGGUCUUCCUCGUGCAGGACGGCCAGACGAACGAAACUGAAGAGGUGUCGAGCUUCAUGCUGCGCCCGCGGUACCGGAUGUUCCCCAAGGACUACGCGCAAGUCCGGCCUUUCGGUGCCGUGGUGCAGGUCGAGUAUCCGACGUACCAGGGCGACUUUAAGGUCGACGUGCGUGGCCAUGCUGGUCAUGAACAAACCUACUACCUCAACCAGCUUCAGAAGUUGAGCUCCACUCCUACGAAGAAUCAUGGCGAUCAGGUCAUGGCCAGGGAUUCGGAGAAUGGCUUUUGGUACCCAGCGGUGGUGACCAGGGACGCGGAGGAGGAUCCCUACAUCCGCGACGAGACGGGCCGUUGGACCGGCCAGUACAGCAUCAAGUGGCUCGACGCGAAACCGCGGGACAUCCGCAAGACAGAUCUCGAGCUGGCGAAGCGGCAUGGCAAUGAGGUGACCAAUCUGCUGACAGAGAUCCGACCGGAGGAUUGCGAGAAAAAACUUUUCGCUGCCCGCAUCUCCAAGGAGGCGAAGUGCCCAAGUGUCUGCUCCUAUUGGUCGGAGAUCAGCGACGCUUACUGCAGCUUCCGAUGCGUCCCCGGCUGUCCGUCCUUCGAAGAGUCCCCCGCCUAUGUGACCGUCGAGCAGGAUCGCAGCUGCGCGCGGUGCGGUGUCCGAAACUGCAGGCGGUGCUCCUCAACGCAGAAGAGCUACUGUGAAGACUGCAUUGAUGGAUACCGGAUGUCCCGUGGUUCCUGCUUGGAGAAGCCUGACAGCUUCUUCUCAUGGGUCCGCAUCACCGUCGAGAAUGCCGUGGAGAAUGGGACGGUGGUCUUCGGCUCCGUGAGCUGCCUGCUGCUCAUCAUCGCAACGUGGUACGUUGACGUGCGCUGCCUCCGAGAGCGGGGGGCCGAGACGGCGGUGGCGGUGGACGCCUUCGCCACGAGCCGCCGGCUGCUCUCCGAGGAGACGGACGGAGACGGAGCCGAAGCGGAACCGAAAAGCGGAGGGCUCUAUCCGCUCUCCACCAACCUGCAACGGAAGCCCGUGGCCGGCCUGGGCAUGAUGUUCCUGAUGAACUUCCAAUGUGUGAUCAUCCUCAUGACGUUGCUGAUCUUCGUGGGCUGGCUGGGCGUGCUGGCCUUCUGGCCGGAUCUGAACAGCGUGGGCAUCAACGAGGUAGAGGACGCGCGCCAGCAGUGCUCCAUCGCCCACUGGGGCGCGGAAGUCCAGAACCUCGCCCUGAUCCCCGAGCUCCUGUUUGCCGUCUUCACCUACCUGGUGAUCUUCUUCCUUUCGAUCGCAGCAGUGGUCUGCCAGCGCCUGCGCUUUCUUCGCCACGAUGCGGAGAACGCCACCAUGAAGGACUUCGCGGCCAUCUGCCUAGGUUUGCCGGACCUCUCGGGCCUGGAGGACGCGGAGGAGCGAGUGAAGGCGGCCAUCGAAAACCACUCCGAGGAGCCCGUCUUGGGCGUGUCUAUUUGCUGGGACUACCGGAAGGACGUGGACACCGUGUCCCGACUACACCUUCACGGUGGAUAUUGCAGCGCUUUUUCAUGA